GCCGCAGUGCUCCCCCACAUCACAACGAAACCCGUUGAAAACGCUCCAAAACCACCAGAAAAUUCUCCAAAUUCGUAGCCAAGAGAAGCGCAAAUGGAGCAGUCUGGCGCCAAGAAGUCGAACAAGAUCACCGAGAUCGUGCGGAUGCAGCAGAUGCUCAAGAAGUGGCGCAAGCUCUCGGUCGCUCCCAAGGACCCCAACUCGGCUACCGCCGGCGGCAAUGGCAAUGCCACCGGCGCCGGCAACAGCAGCGGCGAGAGCAAGGCCAAGAAGUUCCUGAAGCGGACGCUGUCCUUUACGGACAGCGCCCCCUCCGGCUCUCCGCCGCCGCCGCCGAAGGGUCACCUGGCGGUGUGCGUGGGCCCGGCGAUGCAGAGGUUCGUGAUCCCGAUGGAGUACCUGAAACACAGCGCGUUCGCGGCGCUGCUGCGGGAGGCGGAGGAGGAGUUCGGGUUCCAGCAGGAGGGCGUGCUCCGCAUCCCCUGCGAGGUGCCCGUCUUCGUGGCCAUCCUCAAGGUCGUCGAGAAGAACAAGAAGGACGCCGCAUUCUGCUACUGCAGCGUCGAGUACGCCGCCGACGAGGUCGGACGCGGCACGCCCAACAACCCGCUCUGCAGAUAGGUGGAACUCAGAACACUGCCGGGCUCUCGGCUCGCCUGUGCCAACACAGAAAAAAAAAUGUUCUUUUUUUUCGUUUACAUUAAUUUUUCUUGUGUUUUAUAAGCCUUGUGUGGUGAGGGAUGAAUCGAUGGUAUCUCCCCCCACGGUUUAGAACUACUGCCUAAUUUUCUCUGUA